AUGGUUAGUAUAGCGAAAGUGAGGCACAAACUAUGGGAUAUACUGUACAGGUUGUGCCAGGAACCAAAGCGUUUGGUUCGUGCGAUAGUGUUGUUCAUUUGUAGCAUUGUCGUGAUGUAUCAGCUAACGGAUUGCUUCAAAAAGCUUUUCAAUCCGCCAAUUUCAACUCACUCGCGGUUUGAUCUCAACGAUACGAUGCUUUACCCGUCGAUCACCUUUUGCCGCGAACCUGCCUAUAAAGCAGAUGUCAUGGCAAAGUACAAUCUGGCUAUCCAUCCCAAGUACAGCAGUGCGUUCGAUCGCUUCCCUUUCAACGAGACUUCCCUCGGCCAGCUGUUCAGUGAGGCCACCUACAAUCACAGCGAGUUUUUCGUUCAACAUGGCCUUAACGGUGACAUCAAGAAUAUACAAGUGGAGGAAAGCCUGCAUCUUGAUAUGGGUCGGUGCUAUACGAUGAAUCCACUUGUUACUACGAAGCACUCCUGGAAGGAAGCGGGCUAUUCGAUCAUGCUGCGCCACGAUGCCAACGUAACACAGGUUAACGUCGGUGAUACGCCACCGGGUUGGCAUGUAUUUAUACACGAGCAAAAGGAAGGGUUCGCCGAGAACCGCAUGCAAUCCUCCGGUCGUGUCGAAUAUCUCUUUCUGGAAGUAAACGAAGAGUUGGAAAUUCGUCUUUCGACCCAGCAUUUCUUCAUGUUGGCCAGCUAUGAAAACGAAUGUCUUGAGUUUUCUACCGUGAGCUCCACCAAGUGCGGAGAGCUUUGUCAUUGGCGUACCGUGGUGGGCGCCGUUGGAUGUUCCGGCCCAUGGAUGCCAGAGGUAGAUGUUUCGUAUUGUGACGAUGCGAACAGAACAAAGCAGCUCAUCAAACUCUAUCGUCAGCUGGAGGACCUGGAUGGUGGACAGUGCGGAUGUUAUCAACCUUGUACAACAACGAUCUUCACGGCAUCGGUCAUGAAUCGCAAACGAUUCCAGAUCAAUAUACCUGCAGCACAGAUCUGGGUUUACUACACCUCUAAGAUGGUGUCGAUUGUGGAAGAGUUCCAUGGUUACGAUUUCAAUCAAUUCGUCUCGGAUUUGGGAGGUUCGCUGGGGUUUCUGCUAGGAUUAUCGGUGCUCGGUCUCAUUGGUUUACUGGAGAAAAUCGUGGAGCUGGUCUUCAUCCGCCGGCUAAUAGCGGAGAAAAACAAAAAACAAAUCUCCGAGGACGUAGCCAGCAAGGACCAGAUUGCUGCAAAUAAUGAGGAAACCACGAAAUCAUACAUCAAUUCCAAUGUGACCAAAUGCCAAACAAAGGGAGGGCCAAGUCACGUAGAAGUCACCCCAGUUAAACAAUAA